ACAUUGAGCUUGAAAAAUAUGCUUCGAACUUAUUUUUCAUACUACACUACUAUUAUAUGCACGCAUUCUUCAUUUGACAAUAGGUGUGUCGUAAAUUUUCUUAUCAUCUCAUGACUGUACAAGUGACUAAUGUUUCCGGGAUCCCCCACCCUUCCAACCUCCCCCCCCCCUCCUCCUAAUAUACGACCUUAUCAAACGACCGGAUAGUAGCGCAACAGCAGGUUUGGUUUUUAUUUCCUUUGUGUCAGUUGUGCUCUAUUCAUCACGUUGUGCUUGACCAAGGACAGUGAGCUGAAAAUAUCCAAGAAUCUUCAGUAUGAAAAUAUUUAUAUUAAUUUUGUCAUGCCUUGCGAUUGCUUGUGAGGCAGUUUCCUUUAUGGACCUCAUCAUGGAAGAAUGGAAUACUUUCAAGCUGGAACAUCAAAAAGAGUAUGAGAAUGCUGUAGAAGAAAAGUUUCGCAUGAAGAUUUUUAUGGAAAAUAGGAAGAAAAUUGCCAAACACAAUAGCCACUUUGAAAAGGGUGAAGUUAAAUACAAAUUGGGGAUGAAUAAAUACUCGGAUCUGCUGCCACAUGAGUUUGUGGCCACUCUGAAUGGCUUCAACCGAACUGCUAGAACAUCCCCAUCCGGCGCCGUGGGCUUGGGGGCCGUGCGUCCUCGCGGUGCAAAGUUCGUCAGUCCCGCCAACGUGAAGCUGGCGGACAGCGUCGACUGGCGGGAGCAGGGGGCAGUGACGCCCGUCAAGGACCAGGGCCACUGCGGCUCGUGCUGGUCGUUCAGUACCACUGGUUCACUUGAAGGCCAGCACUUCAGACAAGAAGGAUACUUGGUGUCGCUCAGCGAGCAGAAUCUCAUAGACUGUUCUACCAAGUAUGGCAACGAGGGCUGCAACGGAGGCAUGAUGGAUUUUGCCUUCCAGUACAUUCGUGACAACCGUGGCAUUGAUACCGAGAGGUACUACCCCUACAAGGCCCAUGAUGACAAGUGCCAUUUCAACCCCAGGGCAAUUGGUGCCGAGGAUGUUGGUUAUGUAGACAUUCCAACAGGUGAUGAAGACAAGUUGAAGGAAGCAGUAGCGACAGUUGGUCCCAUCUCAAUCGCCAUUGAUGCUAGUCGCGACACUUUCCAGCUCUACAGGACAGGCGUGUACUACGACCCGGAGUGCAGCAGCGAGGAGUUGGACCACGGGGUGCUGGUCGUCGGUUACGGGACGGACGAGGAAGGCCAGGACUACUGGAUCGUGAAGAACUCGUGGGGUCCGACCUGGGGCGACCAAGGCUACAUCUACAUGGCCCGCAACCGCAACAACAGCUGCGGAGUGGCCACAUCUGCCAGUUACCCUCUGGUGUGAUGAGGGAAUAUCUGCAGGCGAUGAAAGUUUCCCAAGUCGCAUCAUCGUUCCAAACUUUGUAAGGGGCUCUGUUAAUAUUGAUAUUUGUUUCUUGUCCUGCAAACAAAUUCUAACUCAUGUUAAAUUUAUUUAUUGAGGCAUGGUUGACAUUAGUAGGCCUGUGCGAAGCUUAGACUGAGUCAAUUGAAGCUCUUUUUAAUAUUCAAUUUGACUUUCUCAGAAAAUUCGCUAUUCAUUUCAUUUGAAGCUUUAGUUGUGAUGCAAAGCUUCACGUCUGAUGUGAAGCUUCGCAUUUGUUGCAAAGCUUUAAAACAUUGAAAUACUGUAAGUCAAUUAAUUUUUUUUUGUUUUUUUGUAUGUUUUGCUUGAAUAAAGUUGGUUACUUAAAAAAAUAAAAGGUGGCAGUCAGUUAGCUUUUAUUUUAUAGGGCCUAAUUGUUUAACUACUUAAUCAGUUCAAACAUUAAAAAAAAAAAAAAAAUUAAACUUUAACCUUUUAUUUUACAAGAUAAAUGUAAUACAGGUAGCCGAGAACAAUGUUAGCAAUUUGAUUUGAUGUUCACUUCGGUUUAAAAAAAUCUAGCAUUCGCACAGGCCUAGGCAUUAGCAUAUAAUAAAAAAAACUAUUUUAACUCUGAUAAAUAAACAUACGUCCAAGCUUACAUUUCUUAUGAAUUAUUUUAAAUUUACUCAGAAGUCAACAUUGAGAAUCAGUGAAAGUAAUUUAUAAAAAAGCAUAUAUAUACAUAGAAUUAUGUUUUGAAAUCAUUAAACUUGCCAAUCGUGAAAUGCUUACACUAAUGUUCAGCUUUCUAUGCCGACAUACUUGGUAAUAAGUGUGAAAACAGAGCUGUUAAGCUAAGUAUUGUGAAUUAUCAGCAUAGUGAUGUUUAAUUUCAAAGAAAGUGUUGAUGUAGCACAUUAAGUCCUUAAAGAGCAACCUUUUUUUGUGUUUUUUUUUUCAUGUUAUUAGUUGUUUAUGUCCUUUUGAUAUAUUAUUCAUACUUGUCCUGACUGUGAUUGAUGCAUCACAUUGUUGUAACUAUUGAAAUACUUAGUAUUCCUAAGAAUGUGAAUAACUGUGAUAACAUAUUUGAUUUAUGGUAUGUUGUGUACACAAAAUGAUUCCCACACUGCUAAUGUCUAUCAUAACUACAGUAGACUCCUGAUUAUCUGGGGUAACAACUGCAAGAGGUCCACGGAUAACAAAAAAAAGUUGCAAGUAAUGUAAAAAAAAAUGUUUAGUUAAUUUUAACCAGGCUAUCUUGGCACAUCGUAUAAUGUUGUACGUAAUAUGUACUAAAUUAUUAGAUGUAAUUUACAAAAAAAGUUGCAGUACACAUCACUAAAAAUUGCUGUUUUUUAUGUUGUAGUAUUUUACUGUUGAUAAUUAUUCAUGAUUUAAAAUUUUUGUUGAAUGUCAAGUACUACUAGUUUUCUUUUAUUAUUAGACCUUAACUGCCUAAAGAGUAAAACUUCUGCCUUGAAACUAGCAGGCCAGUUAUCGCUCACGUGCCGGUGCCAACCCGAGUGCGUUCCACAAGGAAACGUGGAACACAAGCACAUACAGCUGCAGUUUCAAAGUUAAACUAUGUAUACACUACAUUUGGCAGCAUUUUUUAUCUCGAGUCACAGCAUAAAAUGCUCUUGGCAUAUCAAUAGAUAGUAAAAAGUAAUUUUUGUGGUUAUGGUUUUUGGAAGUGAAAUAUGGUACGAUUAACCCACAAAUCUGGAUAACCCGCGGCUGAAUAAUCUGGAGUCUUUUGUAUUAGGUGUUAAUAAAUAUAUUGCAUAUUAUUUUUGAAGAGUAUACCAUUAAUAUUAUUGUUACAUAAAAGGUGUCUUGUGUGAGAGUAUAAAAUAUCCAAUACUUGUUUUUGUAUUUGUGAAUAAAUAUUUUAAAAUUUA